AUGGAGGCUGCAGACGAGAGAAGCACAACGUUUGAUAAGGACCCAGGACCAACUUCAACCGCCGAACAGUCUGAUCUCCUUGGAAAGUCUACUUCUGUUGGAACUCGAGUGAAGGCUUGGCUGGAUGAGAUGCCUUCUGCCUCUCCUGCUACAUUGAGCGAAAAUGUCGACUGUGAAGACGCCGCCGCUGUCCAGGAGUAUCAAGACUCAGCCCCGACAGUCAAGAAGCGUAAUCGUCAUAAUAAUGAUGGCGACGAAUGUAAACUCUACUUAUUGUCCACUUCAGAGGUCAACUUUGCCCAAACAGUCAUAGCCUUCACCUCCAGACUUGCCGGGACUUCAGUUUCUUGGAGGGCUCUCAAGAAUGGGGUACGAGUACUUGACACAGAUUGCCGUCCAGAUCCGAUCGUUGAUAUGCUUAUUCUUCUCCCAUUGCGAUUCCCAAUUACCACAGCCGCUAUUCUCGAUGACAGUGCGGAGAAUAGCCCUGCACUGCAUGUUAGUGAUGUCGGUGCUGAUAACACCUUUUCUUCCCCAGAUCAUGCGGUAGGGCUUCAGCCCUUGGCUGGCUGCGACCUCUAG